AUGACAACAGAGAAGAGCCUAGCGGCGGACGCCGACAAUUCGGAGCAGCAGGAAGCCAAGGAGGAAGAAGGAGCUGCUGAAGCGCAAAAGCAAGAGGCUUCCCUAGAGGAGGGGGCUCAGCAGACGUCGGAGGGACAGCCUGCAGUGGGGCAGAAGCAGAAGACCUCCAACGGCGAUACACCCACGCACGAGGAGCAGAGCAAGAAGGAGCACCGCACCUCUGAGGGCCGAGGUCUCUCCCGCCUGUUCUCAUCCUUUCUCAGGAGGCCCAAGACUCAGGUGUCCGAAGAGGACAAAGACACUGAUGCUCAUAAAGAGGCGGGAGGUGACCAGAAAGAGCCAGGAUUAGGAGCCAGCCCUGAUGAAGACAUCUUGGUGAAAGCCCCAAUUGCAGCUCCUGAGCCUGAGCUCAAAACCGAUCCAUCGCUAGAUCUCCAUUCCUUAAGCAGUGCGGAAACACAGCCUGCGCAGGAGGAGAGGAGGGACGAUCAGGAGCCGGACGGCAGAGACCUCGGGGGCAAGGAAGGAGGGGAAGUGAAGGAAGAGUGUGCCAAGCCAGAGCCAAAACAAGAGACUCCGGAGACCAAAGCAGACAAGGAUUUGAAAGCUGCCCAGAAAGCAGUAAAAAGACACAGAAACAUGUACUGCAAAGUUGUCCUGCUGGAUGACACCAUUUUUGAGUGCUCCAUGGAUAAACAUGCCAAGGGGCAGGAUCUACUUAAAAAAGUCUGCGACCACCUCAACCUCCUGGAAGAAGACUACUUUGGUUUGGCCAUAUGGGACACGCCAACUUCCAGGACGUGGCUGGAUCCUGCCAAAGAAAUAAAAAAACAGGUUCAUGGAGGCCCCUGGGAUUUUACCUUCAAUGUCAAGUUUUAUCCACCGGAUCCUGCGCAGCUGACAGAGGACAUAACCAGGUAUUACUUGUGUCUUCAGCUUAGACAGGACAUCAUUACGGGGCGGCUGCCCUGUUCCUUUGCGACAUUGGCUCUGCUGGGUUCGUACACGGUCCAGUCCGAGCUGGGAGACUACGAUCCCGAUCUGCACAGCCCAGAUUACAUCAGUGAAUUUAAAUUGGCCCCAAACCAGACAAAAGAGCUCGAAGAGAAGGUUGUGGAGCUUCAUAAGACGUACAGAUCCAUGACUCCAGCCCAAGCAGACCUGGAAUUUCUUGAGAAUGCGAAAAAGCUGUCUAUGUAUGGAGUCGACCUUCACCAAGCCAAGGACUUGGAAGGAGUGGAUAUCACUCUGGGAGUCUGUUCCAGUGGCCUUCUUGUUUACAAAGAUAAACUGAGAAUCAACCGCUUCCCUUGGCCUAAAGUCCUGAAGAUUUCCUACAAACGCAGCAGCUUCUUUAUUAAGAUUCGGCCAGGGGAGCAAGAACAGUAUGAAAGUACAAUUGGGUUCAAGCUACCAAGUUAUCGGGCAGCGAAGAAGCUGUGGAAAGUAUGUGUUGAACAUCACACGUUUUUCAGGCUGACUUCCACGGAGGCCAUCCCGAAGAGCAGGUUCCUGGCCCUGGGCUCUAAAUUCCGCUACAGUGGCCGGACGCAGGCGCAGACAAGGCAGGCGAGUGCCUUGAUCGACCGACCCGCUCCACAGUUCGAGCGGACGGCAAGUAAGCGAGCCUCCAGGAGCCUCGAUGGAGCUAAACGUGCGACUCAAAAAAGUGAGUUCAGAGCCGUAGAGGAAGAGAAGCAGGAGGAGGUGGUGGUGGUUGAGGUUCCUGAACCAAAACCCGCGGAUCAGAUCCGAGAGAAGCCAGCAGUGGCUGUGAUAACCCCUGAGAGGAGUCCCCGUCCCACCUCUGCUCCGGCCAUCGCUCAGAGCCACGCUGCAGAAUCAGUCCCAGCUAAGCCCGACACGAAGGACGUGGCCACUGCAUCUAAAGUAGAAAAGGAAACAGCAAAACCCGGUGUGAGACGUGAAGAAAUCCCACCAGAGAAAGCCAAGCCGGAGCCAGCCGAUGCAUUAAAGAAGAGAUCAAAGAGGCUAGAUGGUGAAAACAUUUAUAUCAGGCAUAGCAAUUUAAUGUUGGAGGAUCUAGAUAAGACCCAAGAAGAAAUAAAGAAGCAUCACGCCAACAUCAGUGAGUUGAAGAAGAACUUUAUGGAGUCCGUCCCGGAGCCUCGGCCGAGUGAAUGGGACAAACGUUUGUCCACUCACUCCCCUUUCCGAACUCUCAACGUCAACGGGCAGAUUCCCACGGGAGCGGAUGGACCACCGCUAGUGAAGACACAGACGGUCACCAUCUCUGACGUGUCCAGCGCCGUCAAAAGCGAAAUUCCCACGAAAGAAGUCCCCAUCGUCCACACAGAGACAAAGACCAUCACCUACGAAGCUGCACAGACAGAUGGUGGCAAUGGAGAUUUAGACCCUGGCAUCCUGCUGACUGCUCAGACCAUCACUUCGGAAACCACCAGCAGCACCACCACCACCCAGAUCACAAAGACUGUAAAAGGUGGCAUUUCAGAGACGCGGAUUGAAAAGAGGAUUGUCAUCACAGGAGAUGCAGAUGUAGACCACGACCAGGUUCUCGCGCAGGCGAUAAAAGCAGCAAAGGAGCAGCACCCGGACAUGUCGGUGACCAAAGUGGUCGUGCACCAGGAGACCGAGAUCGCAGAGGAGUAGCAAUGCUGUGAAGCGUUCCUGCCAGACACAACACCAGGAAAAAGAAACCCAGCAAAACUACCAAGAAACUACCUGCAGCACAAAGACCUCGGAUUUACAAGACUUGACACUCAGAGACAUUCAUGUCAUUUAGUAGGAGUUGCGCUUUGCCAUUUUACUUGGGAUUUUCCAGACUCCACUGGAUCCUAUUGGAUAUAGGGUUUUUUUGGUUUGUUUUUUUUUUUUUUUUUUUAUAUAU